GAGUUUAACCCUUUACCUUUUUUCGCUGUUUGGUUUUUUUUGAGCCGCGUGGACCUUUCAUUGGUGACACGUUUUUCUAAAGUUUAAAUUCCAGUUUUAGCCUUUUCUCUCUCUAUUAAUUGCUCCAAAUGGCUAUUGCUUUCAGCCCCUUUACUCUGUUUUCCACACGAUCGCUUCGUCUGAGGACAGCAAUGGCAUCCAUGUCCUUUCCUUCCCUCAUCUUAUUCCUCUCCUUCUGGGUUUCGCUAAUGUCACCCGCCUGCUCCCUCAAUUGCACGUCGGAAAAGCUGCCGGACAGCAAGAAGACGUUCGUUAAUUGUACCGAUCUCCCCACUCUCAACGCCACCCUCCACUAUACCUACAACGCCACCAACUCCUCACUCUCUGUCGCGUUCGUGGCAGCUCCGGCUACCGCGGAGGGUUGGACUGCGUGGGCCAUCAAUCCAACCGGGACAGGCAUGGUGGGGGCCCAGGCACUGCUUGCGCUCAAAUCUAAGGGUUCUCUGUUCGUCAAGAAGUAUAACAUCAGCUCCUACGCCUCGAUCGUGGAGACAGACAAGCUAGCGUUUGAUGUCUGGGACCUAAAAGUGGAGUCGGGCACAAGCGGGAAGUACGUGAUUUACGCGUCGCUGAAAGUUCAGGAUGGGGUGGAGAAGCUGAACCAGGUGUGGCAGGUGGGUGCCAAUGCCACUAACGGGCACCCGGAGAAGCACGAAAUGGCUCCGCAAAAUUUGGGUUCAAAGGCGGAGUUGCAGUUGGUGGAGAAAGCGACCGCUGCUUCGCCUACUGGGUCUCCGGCGUCAGCGCCGGCACCGACUGCCGGCACCAAUGGUGGAUCGAGGAGGGUUGCAGAUUUGUCGCUUGGUGGGUUUGCUUUGAUUGUCGCUUCGAUUGUGUUCUGAAUUUGCGAAGAUGACUUAAUUUUAUGCAUAAUGGAUUUAAUUAUGUAGUAUUGGUAGGAGAUUUGAUGUUCUUCGUCUUUCCCUUUGGUUUUCUAAAUAAUUUCAGAUUUUCACUAUAGUUUCAUUUUCUAAUUUCCAUUUUCUUCUCUUCACUGUUUCUGCUACCCUGUAUCCCCUUAUGUGUUCAAUCAUUAUUAACCUGGGUUGUCUACCGAAUGAACUGGAAAUAUCUCG